AUGUUGAUUACACAUAAAAAGAUAUUCUAUAUAAAUUCACACAAUAGAAUCAGUGGUACUAAUUCUAAAUUUAAAUAUAAUAUUAUAUAUUAUCCUCAAGACAGGUUUGACAGAGUUGCAUUAUUACAAGCGGCAAUACCAAAAUCAUUUUAUACAGUUGGAAGAGGAUUAAAUACUUUUGAAUUGAUAGAAGAUGAUCAAUCAACUAUUAUUUCUAUCCCUGUUGGUAAUUAUUCAAGAAAAUCAUUACAAGAUACAUUCGAAAAGCAAUUGAAUGCAUUGUCACCAAACAAUGUGAAAUAUGCAAUCAAUUGGCCGACAUCACAACAACCAAAUACUGGUAAAUAUAUAUUUACAUGUGCAUCAACAAGAGAUAUUCAACCAAUCUUUUCUUUUACUAAUCAAUUAUUUCGUCAUUUAGGUUUUAAUAAAGAUUCAACAAAUAAAUUUAAUAAUAAUAUUUUGGAAUCAACCAAUGUAAUCAACUUACAAUCUGAUAAUGUUUUAUUUAUUCAUUCAGAUUUAUGUAGUAAUGGAGAUGAUGAUAUAUUACAAGAGGUUUAUUCUGCAGCUGGUAAUGCAGACUUUUCAAAUAUACAUUGGCAAAACUAUGAUGUUGAAUCAUAUAGUAAACAAUUGGUAUCAAAUACAAAGACAAGCUUUACCAUUUAUUUGACAGAUCAAGAUGGAAAUGAAGUAAAUUUAAAUGGUAUAUAUAGAAUAUAUAGAAUUAAAAAAAUGGAACAAGCAAUUUCAAAUCAAUUUGAUUAUCGACAAAUGGUUGGAUCAGGACCACAAUAUGAAUACACUAGAGUAUAUCCUCAAGCUGGUGCAACUCAAACAGCAGUUUAUCAAGGAGGAAAUGACACUAUAUUUGAAAUACCACCAACCAAAGCAUUUAAUUUAAGUAGGUCAUGGUUUCAAUUUACAUUUACAUUACCAGCAACCAAUGCAAAGUUUGGAUUUGUAUUUACUGAUUUUAUUCCAUUCUUUAGACAGAUACAGGUAUUUACAAGAGGUGGUACAUAUUUAAUGGAUCAUACCAACUUUCAUUUACAUUCUAAAAUGGUGACCAAGAUCAACAAAAAAUUAAAUAAUACACUCAACACUUUCAACUCUGCAGUAAAUACAGCAAAUCAAUCUUAUAUUCCUUGUUAUUCUUGUAACACUUUGGUAAAUAUGAAUCCAAGAUAUGAUGGCACUUCAUGUGAUAGAGCAUUUACUGAACCAGACUAUUUAUCUUCAGGCUUUGCGGCCAAUACAGCAGUUAAUUUAAAUAUUUGUUUGGUCAGAAUUACCAAAUAUUGGUUUUGGUGCAGAUGCCUCUCUUACUCCUCAACAAAUCCAGUUGCUUUAACAGCUCCUGCUGGACCCAAUGUACAAGGUAUGGAAAUACAUUUAGCAGUUGAAAAGAGAUUUGAUAUUAUUCAAAAUUUACAACAAAAGAUUGCAAACUCAGAAGGUUUCUCUUUACUUAUUCCUUAUUGUUAUACUACAACAGCAUCACUUACAGGUACAAAUCAGCCGGUAUCAUUAAGAUUAAAUAGACUAAAUGGUAUUACUUUGGAAAGAAUUUAUCAUAGUUUAUUUGUUACUGCUUCAGUUGCAAACUCUGCCAUCUACAACAACAAUGUGGCUGCGACAAAUUUGGAACAUUUUUACACCAAUAUUAAUAAUACAAGGCGAAUGCAAUACGAUUAUUAUCCAAUUGUAAAUGAUGAUUAUAAAGCAUUGCGAGACAAAUUGAUAGAUUCAACAAUUCAAACACCAAAUAUUCACAACUAUAAUUGGUGUUGGUUGGAUAGAUUUGAUGAUGGAUCAUUUGGUUUGCUAGAUGAAAAUAUUGUUUCUGGUAUUGAUUUAAAUCUAGGAGAAGUUAAAUGGGAUUUUAUUGCAUUUUUAAGUGUUGCAACCAAUCUUACUCAUCAAUCAACAGUGGUAUGUAAUAGAAGGUUAGUUAUUACUUCAAAUGGAUUGACAUUAAUAUGGAACACUUCAUAUUGGGGAUGUGUACACAAUUAG